AUGUCCAAAAAACUGUCUGCCAUCCUUGGCACUACCCUAACCCUCAUCGGUCAAUUCCAAACAGCGCUCGUCACGCCCCCAACAGCCGCAACCGAAGUCGCAAAAGAUGCCGAAGCCCUGUCCCUCCUAACACUCUCAUCGACCGCGCUCAAGGCACAUGUCACGAAACUCUCUCUUCUGGCCAUUACCUCGCCCUUCACACAUUCCGCUAUCAGCACUGUACUCCGCGAGCUCAAUGAAUCCGUGUUACCGUCGCUCGUUACCGCUUCCCUUCUCGUUACACCGGCGCAAUACACCAAGGCGUUUCACUCCGAGGUCUUGAUUCUUGUCAAGACAGUUUUGACAGAACUUUUGUCGCUGGUUCAGGAAGUCAAGCGUGUUGGAGAAAAGAAAGAUCAGGAGAAGAAGGAUACAGAGAAGGAGAGCGAUGUGACGAAAUCUGAGAAGGAUGCUGUGAUGCUCGCUACGGGCCGUGUCUGGGAUGCAUGCGAUACUAUAACCGAUGUUGCGAAUAAGGGUGUUGUUGGAUUUGUCAUGCGCCGCGUUGAACAGUGGAGGGACCUAGUUCGCGACGCGGUUGAGGAAAUCGAGGAUUGGGAUCCGGAAGAAGAGGACGAUGGUUUCUUUGAUGAUGUUCUUGACGAUGAGGGGGAGGGUGACGGUGACGAUGAGGGCGAUGAUGAUGAUGAGGAUGACGAAGAAGAGACGGCUGCUCUCAAGGAACACAAGAAAUCUACCAUUCGUUUCCUCAAGCCUAUUGCUCAGAUCUACCCAGCUAUCAUCAACAACCGGCUGAAGAAUGCCGGAAAUGCGCCAUUAGCUUCUUCGUCUGGUGUCAAGAAGCUGGAGACCCUGAUGCUGAACCUGCAAGCUAUCCCGGACGAUGUCGACGAGGCAGCCGGCGCGUUGUACGAGGCCAAUUUUGAAACCUCCGCUGAGUAUUUGCAGAAGACAAGGAAGUGUGCCACACAAGCGGUGGAGUUGGUCGCGUCACCCUGGGGUACUGCAGACGUGAAGAACGAUGCACCUGCAGACAAAUUCGCUACAUGGUCGAAGACGUGGCUCAAGGUGAUUGACGAGGUCAGCAAGUCAAUUGAGAAAAAAUGA